AUGCGCAGGCCAGUUCCCCUUUUACCUAGCCCUUCUAAGCCAGCGGAAUCCCAGACCGCUGCGGUUGUGGCCCAAACAGAAAUCGUUUUGCGGAAGCGCAAACGGCCCGUGUCUUCAGCCUGCGAAGAAUGUCGCAAACGGAAGUCAAAAGCCGAAAACACCCACUUUCAGGCCGUUUAUUCGCUGCUGCGCGAGAAGCCCGAGAAUAUAGCACUCGCUAUCUUGCGGCGGAUUCGGACAGGAGCGGAUCCAGAUGCUAUCUUGAGCUUGAUGGAAAAUGGGGAUCUACUAAUGCAGUUGCACCUGGCCCCUUCAUCUCAGUUCCGCUAUGCAUUCCCAUACCGGACUCAUGCUUGUCACGCUACACCCAAGUUUGCGCACCGCAAUGAGCAUUGGAACCCGCAGAAUAUUGGCUAUCUAUUCCUCGCCGAGGCCCGCCGCUUAUUGGAACUUGAAACUGCUCGAUCAAAAAUCACAACAGUUCAGGCGAUGCUUGUGAUGAACAUUAUCAUGAACGAUCAUGGUGUUGACGGCGCCUCAUACCAGUACCUAACUAAGGCCGUAGCUCUCGCAAAGCGCAUGGGUCUAUUCAACUCGCCCAGUGAUGAUAUGGAACACGAUGUGGACCCAAGUACUAAGGUUGUUCGUGAAGUGACAGCCUGGGCCCUUUUCGCUUGGCAAGGAGUCAUGUCCUCCAUGCUUUAUGAACCGCCUCUGAUCACAGAGCCACCUCAGACGUCCUAUCCGGACCCCCUCGAAAUGCCAUUCUGGUAUAGUGAUCUCCGAGUUCGAUACCCCUCAAGCCAAGAAGUCAUAUCAACCAGCAAUCACCAAACGUUCAAGGCUUACUUGGAGUUCUGGGCCAUAUUCAACGAUAUCGCCUCCGUUUCGUUUCCGCCUGGACGAGACCGGUCAUUUUCCCUCAGUCAGGCAGUUGACUUCUAUGCUCGAUCACGGUCCUGGUUCGAGGGUCUACCAAAUGACUUGCAGCCAGGGAAAAUAGUCCUACCUUGUCAACUAAAGCUACAUAUUCAAUAUUGGCUUCUUUUGAUGGAUCUCUUCAAGCCAUUUGCAGACUGGGACCAGCGCAUGGAAGGACUGGAUAAGACGUCCUCAGAAAUAUAUCGAGACGCUCGGUGGAACCAAGCCUACGUGCUACGGAUUUAUUACCUGCGGCAUGGGACAGAAGCUUACGACUGUUGGUUCUCUAUGUUUCUUUUAAAGCUUGGUUUUGUCGCGCUACAAGAAGUGGCAUCUUCUUCAGACCGCGAUGCCUCGCUUUCAAACCUGAUCUUGGCACUAACGAGCCUCGAUAACCAAGGUAAAUGUUGUUUCAUGUCAGAGUUCACGCUACGAACGAUCUGUGCACAGAUGCGUUCUGAAGACCUCGCGAUCUUCAAGCAAUUCGCAACCUUUGAAGAUCUCGAUGACCCUCAGGCCAUAGCAAGUCGCAUGAGCCUUAUUAGAUCAAAUUGGCCUGUAAACAUGGAUUUUGCCAAACGAGAGCGGAAGAGCCUCCGCGAUGUAGCUGCUGAGGCCAUAGGGAUGGACAUGACAGACGAUGAGUAG